AUGGAUGUCCGCAGUGCAAAAAAAGACGUAUUAAGUGCGAUGAAAGACUACCGCGAUGUGGUCACUGUGAAAGGCGGAACCAAUAUUGCGAAUAUGAACUUCUGGGAUAUCCACCCAAAAGAGUCUCUGCACCCAAAGCUUCUGAGCCAAAACCCACGUACAGAUGUCCAGCUUUACGUGACCAUCAACCUCGGGCAGAUGGAGUUGUUUCAUCAUUAUUUGACCAGCACCUCACUCUCCCUUAAUGACAAAGGCCAAGAAGAUCAGAUGUGGCGCGUGGUUGUCCCACGGCAAGCCAUGGCUCAUGAAUAUCUGAUGCAUGCUAUCUUCGCGAUGUCCGCUCUACAUAUCGUUCAUCUUCGUGGGUCAGGAGAUUCAACACGCUCAUAUAUGACACUCGCUCAAAUUCAUCAUGAAAAAUCAGUACAACUUUUUUCUUCCAACGUUACGGAAAUUAAUUCAUCUAAUUACACCGCCACGCUUUUGUUCUCGAGCAUGCACCUGAUGUUCUCCUGCUGUGUCAUGCAUGUAUCGGGUAAUAAACAGCCUGGCGAGCAUAUUGACAGUCUGGUAACUAUUUUGACUGCCUCGCGAGGCUACUGGGGUCUUUUCAGCUCCGUCCAAAGAUUAACAGAGAAUAUGCCACAAGGCGAGCGUUCAUUUCUUAGCCCACCUGGACUCGUGGUUGAAGACUCUGUCAUUGAAUCUCUGACUGCAUUAGCGAAUUCUAACGCAAUGUCCAUGCAGUCCAGAAGAACAACGUCGAUAUACCAGGACGCUAUCAGUCGCUUGAAAUCCUGUCUGGUUAGCGGAUUGGCACUUCCCAGAAUCUUUUGGUCUCUGUCCAUGAAUGACAAUUACAUGGAACUCUUGCGACAGAGACAGCAGAUGGCUCUGAUAAUCUUGGCUUAUGGGUGUUCUUUGGCAAAUUAUGCACCGCGCCGAUGGUUCUUGCAGAAUUGGGCCGCCGACGUGAUCAAGUCUAUUAUGGUUCUUGUCGAUCCCAUCUUCAGUCUGGAAAUGAAAUGGCCGCUUGGGCAGGUUGAUCUUUCAAGUGGUGAGCUUUCAGAUGUUCUGGUUUCUGUUUAA